AUGGAUGCACCAGAUCUAAUACGGAAAAAAGGAGCCCCGAGCUGGGACAAAGAAAAGAAGAGGGAGAAGGAGGAGGAGGAGGAGGAGGAGGAACAGGAGGAAGACGAUGCUGCCGGCAACUCGAGGACUUGGACGCAGCAGGGCAGCAGGAUCAUCGACCUGCGACGCAGCAGGGACAGAGGAGAACGCCGUGGGAGGUAG